AAAUAACGGGUCAAACCAGCAAUACAAAGGCCCGAUCCGUAAUAUUCAAAAGUUUGUUAGGGCAUAAGCAAACGAUACUAACAGUGUGAAGCUGGUGAAGCAAUCAGCAAGAAAUAUGGAAGAACAGGGAAUAUUGGGGGUGAAACCCAGAAAACAAUCAGCAGCUCGGAUCAGAGGAAGACGAUGGUUGAAAAGAAGAGAGAUAUGGCUUGUUGCUCUAGGAAUAGCACUUCAUGCUGUCUACAUGCUCAGCAUUUUCGACAUUUACUUCAAAUCCCCUAUUGUACAUGGCAUGGACCCCGUUUCCCCUCGCUUUACUCCCCCAGCAAAGCGUCUUGUGCUCCUUGUAGCUGAUGGAUUACGAGCCGACAAGUUCUUUGAGCCAGAUUCUGAUGGGAAUUACAGAGCGCCAUUUUUGAGAAGUGUAAUCAAAGGACAAGGGCGUUGGGGUGUUUCUCAUGCUCGUCCUCCAACAGAAUCCAGACCUGGACAUGUUGCAAUCAUAGCAGGUUUUUAUGAGGAUCCUAGUGCUGUCACAAAAGGAUGGAAGGCAAACCCUGUGGAAUUCGAUUCAGUUUUCAACAAGAGUAGGCAUACAUUUUCCUAUGGUAGCCCAGAUAUUGUUCCAAUAUUCUGUGGAGCUUUGCCUCAUAGUUCAUGGAACACCUAUCCUCAUGAGUUUGAAGAUUUUGCUACUGGUAUGCAAGUACAUUACUUAUUUAAAUUAACUGAAGAUUCGUUUUUGUUUCUUAUUAAAACUUCAUUGAUUGUUAUUACAGAUGCAUCUUUCUUGGACGAAUGGUCAUUUGAUCAGUUCAAGAGCAUUGUGAAUAAGUCCAAGGAGGACCCAAAACUCAAAAAGCUAUUUCAACAAGAUCAAGUUGUUAUAUUUUUGCACCUUCUUGGUUGUGAUUCAAAUGGUCAUGCACAUCGCCCUUACUCUUCUAUAUAUCUCAACAAUGUCAAAGUUGUUGAUCGUAUUGCUGAAGGUGUUUAUAAUCUUCUUGAAAACUAUUUCAAAGACAAUCAAACAGCAUAUAUAUUUACAGCAGAUCAUGGCAUGAGUGAUAAAGGAAGUCAUGGAGAUGGGCAUUGGUCAAAUACAGAUACACCACUUGUUGUAUGGGGGGCAGGUGUCAAGCAUCCAAGGCCCUCAUCAUCACAUAAUCAUCAAAAUCACGGUGAAAGAUUUGUUGAUGAACAUGAUAUGCAUGAUACACCUACACCCACUGAUUGGGGUCUCAAUAACAUAGAAAGAGUGGAUGUGAAUCAAGCUGAUAUUGCACCAUUGAUGUCAACUCUCAUUGGCUUGCCAUGUCCUGUUAACUCAGUUGGAAGUCUACCCCUUGAUUACAUGGAUUUAAACAAGGGUGAUGAAGUUGAGGCUGUGUUAGCUAAUACAAAGCAAAUUCUCAGCCAAUUUCUUCGUAAAUCACAACUAAAGCAAGAAAGCUCAUUUAGAUUCAAACCAUUUGAGCCUCUAUCUCAUCAUGCUUCAAUUUUGGAACAAAUUGAGUCUCUCAUAUCUAAUAAAGACUAUCCACAUGCAAUGCAACUAUCCCAAAAUCUUAGAAGCUUGGCUCUAAAGGGACUCCACUACUUCCAAACUUAUGAUUGGUUCAUGCUAAUGACCGUUAUAACCCUGGGCUACAUUGGCUGGAUGGUUUGUCUUAUUCUCCACGUGUUGCAAGCUUAUACAUCUUUGCCUGGAAAAAUCUUGAAAAAAGAGGAAGCAGUUUUUACAAGAGACCUUCCAUCAAAGGUGUACCUAUGUGGAAGUCUUGUAAUGGCAUCGGUUUUUGUUGUGCUAUAUUUGGAACACUCGCCUCCACUCUAUCACGCGUAUUUUGCAAUGACAGUGUUUCUUUGGACAAAUAUAUUUAGUGAAUAUCGAUUCCUUAAAGCUUUUUGUAGAUACUUACAAGAAAAAGAAUCUUACCAUGUCUUUGAACUCUCUGCUACCUCUCUUGUCUCCAUCAUCAUUCUUGAAUUACUAGUGAAAAGCUUCACUAACAGAGUUAUCUACACCUGGUGUUUUUUAAUUUUUGGGGUCAUUUCUCCACUCUAUCUUUUUAAAUCAAUCCCAUCCAAAUCUGGGAUUCCAGUUUUUUUGUGUGUAGCAUGUUGGUUUUUAUCAAUUUUUACCUUGAUGCCUGCAGAGAUUCCUGACAAUACAUUUCUAGUAUCUAUGAGUGGAGUUAUAAUUAUUGUAAUAGGAGGAGUUAGUAGGUAUUUAGACAUGCAUACAAAAGACAACAAGUAUUGGCUUUAUCUCAUAAACCAUGUCUCAAAACCUAAGUUCCCCUUCCUAUUUCACUUACAGGCCCUUUUAGUUGGUUUAGCAUCUGUGUUGGUGUACAUCUCAACAUCUCAUAGAACAGAAAACCGUGAACUUCUUCCAUUACAUCAACUCAUGAAUUGGUCAAUUGCUGGUUUAUCCAUGGUGCUCCCACUAUUCUCUGCAACUGAUCUACUCUCUCGGCUUACUUCCAUAUUCCUUGGUUUUGCACCUCCUUUUCUAUUAUUAUCCAUCGGAUAUGAAGCUGUAUUCUAUGGGGCUCUUGGUCUUGCACUUUUUGGAUGGAUACUUUUCGAAAACACGCUUCUCUAUGUCAAAAAGUCAAACAAAUCUUUGACUUCCUUUGAAGCUGAAAAUGAAAACAUACUUCUUGAGGAAGGUGAUAGAUGCCUAAAAUUAUCUGAUAUGAGAAUUCCAAUAGUUUUUAUGGUGUUCUUCAAUAUAGCAUUUUUCGGAACCGGUAAUUUUGCAAGUAUUGCCAGUUUCGAGAUUUCGUCUGUUUAUCGGUUUAUCACAAUAUUCAGUCCGUUUCUCAUGGCUGCCUUGCUUAUUUUCAAAUUGUUCAUCCCAUUCAUGCUUGUCAUAUGUGCAUUUAGUGCAAUAACUAAAUUAGUGAGAGUUCCACGUUUGGGAUGUUACUUUCUUGUUAUUUUAUGCUCGGAUGUUAUGACAAUUCACUUCUUCUUCUUGGUGAAAAAUACGGGAAGUUGGAUGGAAAUUGGCAAUAGUAUUAGCCAUUUUGGAAUUGUGAGUGCUCAAGUUGUUUUUGUUCUCUUGCUUUUUGCACUCACAAAUAUAUACACAAAAGAUAUCCAAACUCGAUCAAAAAAUCAAGUUUCUCAAAAAACUAUGUAGUUUUUGUUAUGUUCAGUCUUUUAUAGAAUUCUCAUUUGUUAUAAUAUAUUUAAGAGACUUUGUAAAAGGGCGUUUUCGACAUUUUGCCCAUUAGUUAUUACUUUAUAAAUGAUUAUUUUCGUUAGGAAUGAUAUACGGUGAGACAGAACAUCUUUGGAGGGUUAUUUGAUUAUAAUGUGUAACAUAGACUCUUAAAUUUUUAUAUCGAAAUAAAGCUGUGUUUAUUUUAUUUA